CUUCUGAACCUAGAUUUCCAACAUGGCGACCAUGCUCCGCUCUGCUGCCCGACUUCUUCAAUGCCGGUGUUCUGCUGCCCUGACUGUGAGGCCGAUGACUUCGAGAACAAUAUUACCAGGUGUACAAGCAUGCAGUAAAUUUACACAACCAGAUAACAGGAGGGACUUCUCUGCUUUUCAAGUCGUUUCUAUGUGCCCUGCGAACAGCGUACAAAUAGGCGGCAUCAGAGGAUAUGCUGAAUUGCCAGAUCUUACGUUAGAACAAGUUAAGGAACGUGUCCUAUAUGUUCUAAAACUUUAUGACAAAAUUAACGAAGAGAAGUUGUCAGUUGAUAGUCAUUUUAUGAAUGAUUUGGGAUUAGACAGUCUGGACCAAGUAGAAGUUAUAAUGGCUAUGGAAGAUGAAUUUGGUUUUGAAAUCCCAGAUUCACAUGCAGAAAAGUUGAUGUCACCCAAGCAUGUUAUUGAAUAUAUUGCUGAUAAAAAAGAUGUGUUUGAAUAGAAGUAUUAUAAGUUGAGUGGUGUACAAGAGUUUUAUUCUCGUAAUAAAGUGAAACAGUGCAUAAUACAAGUUGGUUUGUGAAAUAAUAUGGUGUUCCAUAGACAUAGCACUGAAGAAACUAAGAAUAUGGGACUCUAGUUAUUGCAAUCAAAUCACCCAUGUGUGGCACGUUUUUAUCAUCGGCAUUUCUUAGAUCCCUUCUUGUUGGUAAUCUUGUAGAAAUUUACUGGUAAUUAUUACACAGCUGUAAUUUUUGUUCUCAUUCACUAGUGUCGGCUUUUAUAAAAGCUACUUCAUUGUCAAUUACUGCACUAGAAAUAAAAGGCUUGGUUUUGUUU